AUGCGAUCUGGUGUAAAUCACCGACGUUCCGGACGACAAAGUGGAAAAAAUUGGCACGAUGGGAUGGCGAAACAUGUUAAUGCAGUGAUGAAACGAGCUAAGGAGCGUCGAACUACAUUAACUAAUACUUCCAGAAGAGUACCGCAACGACUAACUCAACCCAUUUCACCUCAUAAACGUUUGAAGGAGCGAGCUGGUCUUUGGAUGUUUGCAAAACAAUCGGAAAUUAUCGCUGAACCAAAUAUGAUAACGUCUUCUAUGCGACGCAGAGUUCAGGAAGAUGUACGAGCAGUAAUGGCUGAAGAUUCUCGUGACAGGCGACGAAUGUGGAAUAGAGCAUGUAGAAGAGCUGAGAGUAAUAAUAAUCGCAGCGCUGUCUUCCCCAUAACAUCAUCAGUGGAUAAUAUUUUUGGUAUCCCUUCUCAUUUCAGUUUUGGAACGAGAACAAAUCUAAAAUCGCCUGCUCAUGAAGCUACAGUUCUCAGUAGAAAAGAUAGCAUGUUAUCUGCUUAUGAACUCCCAACUACAACAAAAAGUGGCAGCAGAAAUAAAAAGAAGGAUGAUAAAGACUUGUGUUUGUUUCCUGCAGAUCCUUUAUUGUUGGACUACGCAGAACGAAUCUUAUCAGCUUUGCCACAGUUAAACCUUCGAAAUAACGAUUCAACAAGUUAUUCCGUCGCUGCAACAGGCAUUGUAGCUUGUUCUUUGCGACGUCAUGGUAUAUAUCCGAAGGGUACAAAAUUUCAGGAAAAAGAGCAGUCAGAAUCAUCACGAAGAGAGAACAAUACGCAUGAGAAAUUUUGGCGCAGCUUUUUCAAGAAUUUAUCUCCACUCAACUCGUUUUCGGCAGGUUCGGCACUUCUGAAAAGUAACAGCUCAUCUGUAAAGUUAUUUGAAUUUGAAGACAUCCCAGCCAAUAGUGAGCAUGUGUUAUCAAAUUCUGAUGGUGCAAAUACUAUCUCGGACGUAUAUCAGUUGCCAAGUUCAUUAUCCAAUAAUAUGUCAGACUGUAACUUUGAGGAUUUGUUCCCAAAAAUUGAAAAAAAUAAUGCUGAGUCCUUGGCAAAUUUAUCGGUUAAUUCAAAUGAUCUGAUGAAACUUGCAAUGGACGAAGAUUUUUCGACAAAUAUCUCGUGCAAUUCACUGCCACGACAACCUGAAUUUGAUUUGAGUGAAUAUCGUCCGAUCACUGUAAGCGCUUGGUUUGAGAGAGACUCGGCAAAUAUGUUGGAUACUAGCAAAGCCAUUUAUCGCAAUACCAAGAAGGACAAAAUAUGGCAAUGUUGUCGACCACUCGAGUGUAGUUCUGUUAAGCCUAUCAUUAAUGAAGCAGAGAACAAGUGUCAGUGGAUGAAAAAUCCUUCAUUAAGGAAGAAAAUUCGUUCCGAAAUACCAGAUUUUACAUACAGUGCUUUCGACCCCAUUUGCCAUUCUCAGAUUUCACAUUUUAGUUUUGAUUUCUGA